AUGAAGGAAAAGUAUAAUUCAAAAUUCAAUGAUGCGAUAAGAAAGUUCCCUAAAAAGGAAAGUUUUAGGAUUUUCAAAGAAAAUAUUACAAAUAUAAUUGUUGAAGAAAAACUUGAAAGCACAACACUUUUUGAAUUUCCAUGUAAUGAAACUGGAGUUGAAGGUAUCAAUUUGACACCAGUAAUGGGUCAGAAAACAAAUGAUGAAAAAGAGAAUGAAGAUAUAGAGGGAAAUGGUGAAGAAGACAAUGAUAAUGAUGGAAGUCAACCGCAAGUAGAUUAUUUGCUUGAUUCAAACGAAGCAGAGAAUGAAGGAAUAAAGAAUGAUGGAGAUAACAAUAAAAAAGAAGGUGAAACUGAAGUAAAAGAGAAUGAUGCAGAGAUCAAUGAAAAUGAGAAUGAUAAAGAGACUGAAUAUGUAGAGACUAAUCGACAAAAUGAAACAAAUCAAAAUCUGUUGGAUAAAGUUGUUGACAACAUUGUGGAUAAUGUCCUUGGAAUUGGAUUUUCAAGUUUAAAUAGUCAAGAAGAUGAAAUAUGGAAUGACCCAGAAAUGAAAAUUAUUUUGGAUAACAAUGAUAUAGGUAAAUUUUGA